UUAUAAAGAUUAUUUUCAGGUGAAUAUUACUAUGCUUGGACUGCCAGUGAUAAAGUUAUUUUAAGCAAAUUAAACUUCUGUACAUUUCUAAACCAGUUAGUUAUCGUUAAAUUGGAGAAUGUCGGAGGAGAAGGAGACGCCUCCGAGCGAGGAUUCAAUCCGAGUAAUCUGUCGGUUUCGUCCUCUCAACCAUACAGAGGAGAAAACUGGUUCUAAGUUUAUCGUCAAGUUUCCUGCUGGCACGGAUGACCAAUGUGUUUCUAUCGGGGGCAAAGUUUAUGUAUUUGAUAAAGUGCUAAAACCUAAUGUAACUCAGACUCAGGUCUACGAUGCUGCAGCUAAGAGUAUUGUUAAAGAUGUACUGUGUGGAUAUAAUGGAACAAUAUUCGCUUACGGACAGACUUCCAGUGGUAAGACCCACACCAUGGAGGGGGUCAUCAACGACCCCAACAAACAAGGAAUCAUCCCCAGGAUUGUGAACGACAUCUUCAAUCACAUCUACUCCAUGGAGGAGAACUUGGAGUUCCAUAUUAAAGUUUCCUACUUCGAGAUAUACUUGGAUAAGAUCAGAGAUCUCCUCGAUCCUUCAAAGGUGAACCUAGCAGUUCACGAGGAUAAGGACCGAGCCGUGUACGUGAAGGGGGCAACCGAGAGGUUCGUCUCAAGCCCCGAGGAGGUCUUCGAGGUCAUCGAGGAGGGAAAAUCAAACCGACACGUUGCUGUGACAAACAUGAACGAGCACAGCUCCAGGUCCCACAGUGUAUUCUUGAUCAACGUGAAGCAGGAGAACCUGGAGAAUCAGAAGAAGUUGAGCGGAAAGCUCUAUCUUGUGGAUCUAGCGGGUAGUGAGAAGGUUGGUAAGACCGGAGUAGAAGGAAUGGGAUUAGAAGAAGCAAAGAACAUCAAUAAAUCUCUGUCAGCUCUAGGUAACGUUAUUGCUGCUCUGGCCGACGGUAACAAGUCUCAUAUCCCCUACAGAGACAGUAAACUCACCAGGAUCUUGCAGGAGAGCUUGGGAGGAAACGCUAAAACUACAAUCGUAAUUUGUGCUUCCCCGGCCAGCUUUAACGAAGCCGAGACUAAGGGUACUCUUGACUUCGGUAAAAGAGCUAAGACGAUCAAGAACGUUGUUGCCGUAAACGAAGAGUUGACAGCUGAUGAGUGGAAGAAGAGGUAUGAGAAGGAGAGAGAGAAAAAUGGAAGGAUGAAGAUAAAGAUAGAUAAGCUAGAGGAGGAGUUGAAGAGAUGGAGAGCUGGGCAGACUGUAUCUGCCGAUGAGCAGCUUAACUUCGCAGAGAUGGAUGAGAGUGUUUCUGCUGCUCCUCAGGAGCUCAAGUUAGACAAACCGUCAGCUGUUCUUGAUCUUGGAACCAGUCAGAUUAGUUUAGAGGAGAGGAAUAAACUCCAAGAGGAGAGAGAACGUAUGUACCAGAUGUUGGAUGAGAAGGAUGACGAGAUCCAGGAGCAAAGUCAGCUGGUCGAGAAACUAAAGGAGCAGAUGAUGGAGCAAGAAGAACUGAUCGGUGCUACACGCCGGGACUAUGAGGCGCUUACUAAGGAGAUGACAAAGAUUCAAGCAGAAAACGAGUCCGCAAAGGAGGAGGUUAAGGAGGUUCUCCAGGCUCUAGAAGAGCUUGCUGUAAACUACGACCAGAAGUCUCAGGAAGCUGAGACCAAGAGUCGAGAAUACAACACUAUCAGCGACGAGUUGAGCCAGAAGCAGUCGCAGCUGAACUCUGCCUCGUCAGAGCUCCAGUCUUGCAAGGAAGCUCAGCAGAAUCAACGGAAACGAACCUCAGAGAUGCUCCGGUCUCUUCUCACCGACCUCGGAGAAGUUGGAACUGUGAUUGCUAAGAAUCAAGAUCUGAAGAAACCUGAACCUAACAACGAAGGCAAGGUCGAGGAAGAGUUUACCGUAGCUCGUCUCUUUGUCAGUAAGAUGAAGAGCGAGGCUAAAAACCUUGUGAGCAGAGCAGCAACCCUGGAGCAGCAGCAGUCCGAGGCGAACAAGAAGAACGAGGAGAUGGAGAAGGAUUUGAGUGAAUGUAGAUUAACUAUUGUUCAGCACGAGGCUAAGAUGAAGAAUCUGAAUGAGAGUAUGAAGGAAGGAGAAACUAAAAAACGACAGUUAGAAGAAGCUUUGGACGCUCUUCAGGAGGAGGUUACUCAAUUGAAGGCAUCCGAGCAGAUGCAUGCAGUUGCUAGUGAACAGCAGCAGAAGGAAGCCAACAUCAAGGAAGCUUUAGAGGAACAACUUGCUCAGCACCGUGAGCAGCACCAAAAGCAGGUGGCUCAGCUGAGGAACGAGAUUACGGAGAAACAGUCCGCCGUGGACGAUCUCAAGGAUUCUAACCAGGCUCUCUCCCUCGCCAGCGAACAGCUGCAGCGCGACCAUGAGAAGCUAAAGGAGGAGGAGCAGGAGAAAUCCCGCCGCCUCCAGGAGAUGAUCUCCUUAAAUGAGAGAAGGGAGCAGGCCAGGCAGGAUCUCAAGGGGCUGGAGGAGACGGUGGCCAAGGAGCUGCAAACUCUUCACAAUCUCCGGAAGUUGUUUGUCCAGGAUCUGCAGUCUCGUGUCAAGAAAUCCGCGGCUGGAGAGGAGAAUGAGGAUGCAGGAGGCAGUUUAGCUCAGAAACAGAAAAUUUCAUUUUUAGAAAAUAAUCUUGACCAGCUUACAAAGGUUCACAAACAGUUGGUGAGGGAUAACGCAGAUCUAAGAUGUGAACUCCCGAAGUUAGAGAAAAGACUCCGAGCUACCAUGGAACGUGUGAAGGCCUUAGAAACUGCUCUGAAGGAGGCUAAGGAAGGAGCUAUGAGGGACAGGAAGAGAUACCAAUAUGAGGUCGACAGGAUCAAGGAGGCCGUUAGACAGAAGAACCUGCAGAAGCGAGGUCACGCUGCUCAGAUCGCUAAACCUAUCCGUGCCGGUCACCACCCCGGCCUAGCUGCCCCAGCUGUAGUGAGGCCAGGUAUAAAGGGAGGACAGCCUCCGGUUCCCAAGCCUUAAAUAACCAGAGGUGGAACUAAUUAGUGAUAUUAAUAAUUCUGUUCAGCUCCAUCCUUCAUGCAAAACUAUUGGACGAUUUGCAUUUUAUUUUUGUAAUCUUUUAGUUGACUUAAACUUCAGGGAGAUAUUCUCUUAUGGGUUAGAAAUGGUUUUAAUUUGUGGGAACCCUUAGUCUUGAGUCCUGCAGUAAAUGCACUUACCAAUUAUAUUAAUUUCAAGGUGAAAUAUUAUGUUUAUCAAGUUGUACAGUGACUUAAAUCCAGCCAAAGAGGUUUUUUUCAUGGGAUCUUUAGCCUUUUAAUUAUAUGCACAAUAUUUAUUUGCUUAAUAUUUUAAUCCUUAAUAAAUGAUUUUAUUACAACA